ACGUCAUUUCCGUAAACACAAAAUGGUGGCAAGGAAGCUGAGUUGAGGUCAUUUUGGAUCAAUAAUUCUACCGUUAUUGUACUAUGUUUAGUAACAAUAAUGUAAAGCAUAGUGCAUUACACUCAACAGACUAUGAUGGCACACCUGUAUCUGGCCGAUGUUUCAAGUAACACCAAAAGGUCCACUGAAACAAUUUAUGAAAUUAAAGCACCAUUAGCAACAUUUGAUACAAUAGAUUUAGAUGAUUGGGAAGAUGACUCUGUCAAGAACACUCUCACUAAAGAUGAAAUAAAGAAUAAUAACAGUGCAGUAUGUGAUAAGCCUGAAAAAGGAAUAGAGGAGCUGAAAGAACAGAAGAGUAUUGAAAGUGGUAAAACAUUAAAGGCUGAAAAUGCUAGUUCAAAUAAAAUUGAGGAUAACAAGCUUAACAUAACAGAUAACAAAUGUACUGAGGAAUUGAAGAACGGUAUUGAUUCUUCUGUUGAUCUGGAACAGAAAACGCCAACACCAACUAAAGACUUUGCACAGUUUGAUAAUGACUCCCUAUCAACAUUGAACAGUGAAUCAGAAAACUGUGUUCCAAAACCAGAAGCAGCACAAAGUGAUUUAAUGGACCCCAAUAGUAGUGAGAACAAUGCUAGUGCAGAGGAAAUUCAAACAAAACUUAAACAAAAGGGUAGAAAGCAUAAAGAGAAAGCUAGUAAUGUAAAGUAUGAAAAGAUUGAUAGCCUUUCAGAUAUCUCUGAUCAUGAAAAGUCAGGGAACCAGUCACCUCUUCCAGCUAUUAAACUAAGAAGUAAAGCUUUUGACAGUGAUAGUGACAGUUCUGAUUCUGACAGCGGUUAUAUAAGAACUGGGUUUGCCUCAGCAAAGGGUGCUAGUGCAAGACAUAUUAGAGCUUCUAUUUCAAAUUCAGCAAUUGGCUUAGACUUUGUGGACUCUGAUUCAACACCAUGCAGUUCACCAAAGGUAAAACGGCCGGUUAUUCCACCACCACUCAGCAAAGAAGAUGCCGCUAAACGUUCUAAGAAAAAAGCUUAUGAAAAACGGCUUCAGCGAUUGCAAGUUACCAAUACUCCCAUUGAACGCCCAAGGAGCACAACACCUAUAAAUAUCGUAGCUUUAGAAGAAUAUGUUAAUAUUAGUUCACCAGAGAAAUCACCAGCUAAAGGUAGUCUUGAAAAAUUGAAAAUUAAAUUACCAUUAGAGGAGGCUGGACGAACCAAGAGUCCAAGACGCACUGUCAAAUCAACAUGCAGUGAAUCAGGAGAUUAUCAGGUAUUUAGUUUUAAUGAGGAUUUGCUUUUUACACAUACAAAAUCAGCUAUUAUUCUUGAAGAAGAUGGUAACAAGUACCAGUCCCCAAAGCGUAUUUUAAUUCCUCCAACAUUAUCACCUAAAUUGUCACCAGCACGUUCACCAAGAAGCCCAAGACGAUUUUGCCAAGACCCACACAGCCUUCCUAAGUACGUGUUCAGUCCCAAUUCGCCAAAUCUAAAUAGAAAAGAAGAUGAGUCUAAGUUGAUUGGUAAAGAUUCAGUACCUGAGCAAGGGAACUGGGCAAAGUUUGAUGAAGUGCCAAAGGAAACAGAUGAUUUUGAUGGGAAAGAAUUGAAUUGUUAUAAUUCUCAAACUGUAACUGAAGAAGAUAAACAGAGUAAAGAAUCAGAUUCUAAAGGCAGUUAUGGUAUUCCUGAAGAUAAAUCAAAAGUCUUGAUGAAGGAUGAAAGUGUAAAAGAUGAUGAAUUUGAUAAUGAAACUGAAAAUGAAGAAAUACUGACUAUAAAAAUUGAUAAAAGUGGUGAAUUUACUAAAUGUGAUAUUGAAUGCCAUACUUUGGAGAGUUUGAAAAUUGAGGAAGAUCGGGGUAAGAAAAAUGAAUUAAAUAAUUUUGAAAAAAGAAAUGAAAGUAGUCCUACUAAUAAUAGAAAUGGAACCUGUAUUUUGAGUGAUGAUACCAAUGAAAACAAUAAAGAUUCAUAAUUUGAAGAGAAACACUAAAACCAUCGUUUUUACCUAAAUGGUUAUUCCAUCCAUGUUGUUUGCUGCUGAAUAAGAAAUAAGCAAUUUAAAGAUGGUAAUACUUUUUAUUUAUAUAAAGAGAGAUGGACUAAACAUCAUGCAGUUGAGUACCAGUGAGUGCCAUUAAUCUAAUAACUGAAUAAAAAAGGAUUUUAUACUUAAUUUGUGAAAAGCAUCUUGUUUAAGUUAUUGAGUUAAUUUGAAUUUUAUAUGUCUGUACCAUUGUAUAGCAAUAUUUGAGUGGCAUUCCAUAUGACAAUGAUGGAAAAUGGUGCUUGGUAAUACCAACAGCAUAGCUCUUGUCAUGCUCUUAGAUCGUAAACUUUAUUAUCUUCUCUAAAUCAACUUGAAGUUAUAUCCUCGUUAAGGCAUGAUGAGUUGAAUUUUGGAUCAUAAAGUAAAAACAUUUGCAUGCUAAUGAUUAUGUGGACAUGGUUCAUAAAAAAAAGUACAUUCCUAAACCUGCUGUUAAAGAUAUGUAACUUGUAAAAACCAUUUUAGAAGAUUAUAAAAAGUCUUUCAUUGUGUACAUGUGCAGAAAAAUACCCACGGUUAAAUGUAAGAAAAUGACAAAUGUUUCGAUUGUUGUUACAGAAUGUGUUAUAUGAUGGUUGAAAGUGCAAUAUCAUUUUUAUGUUUUUAAUGAAUAUGUGCCAUUGUGAUUUGUUUUUACCUCAGAAUUACCGUUGAAAGAUUUUUACGUCUAUCGUUAAACUGUGAAAGUGGGGAUGAGUUUUAAUUUAAUUCAUAUGAUAGUGCAUUUUGAAAUACGAUUGUGAAUUGUUGAAAAAAUAAAAAACACAAAAAAACAA